GCCUAUGAAAUUAAAUGAAAAUAUUCGACUGAAAAAAACGCCAACCAACAGUAGUAAAGUUGCAUAGUGCAUACAACACCGCACAAAAAAAGAAACGAUUUCAUACGAUUCCGUAGCGCUCGAUUUACGUUGGCAAACCCGUAUUCCGCGAUGUCCGUUAAUCGACAUUUGCCCACAUUAUUGUCUGUAGCCCAGUGUGUCGCCUCGCGGUGAGGUUUUACGCGGUGUUGCGGUUGCCGUCCGUCGGGAAUCGAAAUCUAGACUGGACAAGUAACGCGUCCGACAUGGAAUACGACAACUUUUUGCACUACUCCAGUCGGCUGUUGAUGGCCGAUGUGCUGGGCGACGUUUACGUGGACUUUUCCAAGCUGGAUUCGCCUAACAGCCGGUUCAUGUUCACACGUGCCUUGCUUCGCAAACACAAGUUGCAGAGGCAGACGUUGUACGUCGACAUGGAGUACGAUAAGCCUAGUGUCUCGGCGAACCUACGACAAAACGGCAACAAGUUCUUCAAAGCCAAGCAGUACGCGAAGGCCGCCGAAUUGUACACCGAAUGUCUGAUGGGUAGCGAUUCGUACACGGAGUGCCACGCGCUCGCGCUGGCCAACCGGUCGGCCGCGUACUUCCACCUGGGCAAGUACGAGCUUAGCCUAAAGGACGCGCACUGGGCCAUGGGGUCCAAUUACCCGUCCAAGCUCAUGUACAAACUGCACGAGCGGGCCGGACACGCAGAACGCAUGAUUGGCUUGAUCGAACGGGCGAUAAAAAGCUACGCCAUGUGCCUGACGCUACUGGAUGAGGUGGAUAUGUCUGAGGAGAACAAGCGCAAGUUCCGGGCGGCAAUCGAAAAGGCCUCGACCGAGUGCCAUGAAGUGUUGGCUGAACAUAAAAAGAAGCCGAAAAAACCUCGACCCGACGAUGAGCAGCUGAUUGGCGGUAGAAACGAACGUAUUCCAGCACUAUCGGCCUUUGUGGAACUGAGAAUGUCCAAAGACAUGGGAAGAGGUGUUUAUGCCACCCGCGACAUUAACCCUGGUGAUGUUGUGGCCAUAGACGAACCUUACAUUUGUGGACCUAUUUCAGAUCAUGUAGAAGUUUGUCAUUAUAAUGGUUGCUUGAAGUUGGGCUUGGCUCUUUAUCCCUGUCCAAAAUGUUUAUUGGUUUAUUAUUGCAAUAAAGACUGUAUGAAUAAAGCUAAAGAAGAUGGGCACUAUUUGGAAUGUCCAAUUAUGUAUUUCAUCAAAUCAACACCAGGAGUAACAAGAAUGAAUGAGCUUGCUAUGAAGUGGUUUUUAAAAGACUAUUUGAAAAUGGGUUUAAAAAAAUAUUGUUCGAUAGUUGAUAAUUUUUCUAAAUCUAAAAUUGAUCCUCAAACAAGAGGUUUUGAUGAAACAGGUCAAUAUAAGUCUGAUAAUUUUUUGACAGCUUAUUCUUUGGAUAGUAGUGAAAGCAAACUGUCAAUAGAUAUCUUGUUUUUCUUAAAUUGUAUUGCUGUUGAUAUGUUGCAUUAUUUGGUAUUAAGUGGCUUUAAAAUCCCAGAACGUUAUAUAGGUACUGUAGGUGCUUCCUUGGUGCGUAUUCUCAUUGUUUUAGAUUUAAAUUGUAGAAAGUUAAACAUCAAUGCCCCUACUUUAUCUUUUCAAGGAAAAAGCCAACUUACUCUUACAAUAGCAUUAACUUUGUAUCCAACCAUUUCCUUGUUCAAUCAUUCUUGUGAUCCAAAUAUAAAACGGAGUGGAGAGUUAUCUAGUAGAAUAAGAGUUAUGAAAGCAAUUCAACCAAUACCCAAAGGAACUCAGUUGUGCGGCACUUAUGGAAUAAUCUUUAGAGGACAUGAUAAGGAAUCAAGGCAAGAUCUUUGCAACAAAUGUUUUUAUUUUAAAUGCUGUUGCCAGCCUUGCAUAAAGAAUUGGCCAACAUGUCAUUAUAUACCUAAUCGUCUUUCUACACUAAAUAUUCUGAACUCAAGUAUGGCAGAUAUUGUGUCAUCGGAGUGCAAAAAAUUUGUAGAAUUUACGAAGUCAGUGGAAACAGAAGAUAAUUUAAAUCAGCAUUUAAAUUAUUUAUAUUCAUUUAUUAAGCUAUUGUUUAAUAAUGUAAAACGACCUUUUGAAUUAUAUGAGGAUUGUCUUGAGUUGAUAGGUACUGCUCACACCAUAAGUUCCAUUGAAAUGUACAUGGGUGAAGGAACCAUAAACAUUGAUUGAUUUCUUAUUUUAAUAAUAGGUUUAUUGAUAGCUUUAUAAUUUUUAGUUGUAUCAAAAGUAGCAAUUUGUGUUUAACUAUUCUUAUAAGUUAUUUUUUAUGAUUUAAACAACAAGCUAUAAACAAGUUAAUAUUGAUUUUUUUUCUUUAAAUCAGAUUCGUUAUUACAUUAAAUUGAUAAGAUAUUUUUUUUUUUUUAUUGUUUGGAUUAUUAACAUUUUGUUAAGAACAUGAUUUUUUUUUAGUGUCGAGAUUAUUAACAUUAUAUUAUUAUACUUAAAUAUGUGUCUAAAUUUCUCAAAACUUCUAUGGGGAAACUCGUGGUUAAUAUGUAUGUCAUUGUGAAUUGGAUUCUUACCGUUCAAUUCAGAGCAGAACCAAUAUUGUCUAGACUUAGAGUAUUAGAGUAAAUUGACUUAUUAGCAAACAUUAUUUUUACUCGUCAUUGUAUCGUUUUGGAUUCUAAUCAUAUCUUUAUAUUUUAUAAUUUGUACUAAAUGUUUAUAAAUAAUAACAGGAAAUUUUACAUCAACUAAAUAUUUGAAAACCACGAUACAAUAACAAUAGCUAGUAAUGAGAAGUAGAUAUUCAAAAUAAAUGUGUAUUAAUAAGUUUUUUUUUUUUUUGUCAAAUCUUCAAUUUGUAUUAUAAACAUAUCUAAUCACCAAAUAUGCUCUUAAAACAAAAAAAUCACUAAAUAUGUAUUAUAAACGUAAAAUAAUUUUUUUGUAGUAUCUUGAAAUUAAUUUCAACCUUAGCAAUAAAUCUAAUUGCCCUAAAAUGCAAAUGCAGUAACUUCCAAGCCUUAAUGGGUAACGCUUUAAGUUUUCAUCUCUGCAGUUGUUAAAUAAGCAGAAUAAUCUACAUGAUCAUAAUCCAAAGUUCCUGCUUGAUGCUUAAUUUUGUUAUUAUCAAUGUUUAUACACAUAUAAUUUAGAAUUGAGGAAAUAUUAGAUAAUAUGUAUUCUGACACUGAAUAUUGAAUAGUAAGAAAAUAUAAUUUAUCAAUACAAUCAAUCUAGAACAGGUUGUAAGCUGGUUUAGCCACACAAAAUAGAUUAAAUCUAUUAAUC